CUGUCUGUCUUUCGUUGCGAGCUGGUGGUCAUUUCUCACUUUUUCUCACUUUUAUUUUUCAACUGUCGUAGCUGGGGGAGGGAAUACAGGCUGAAUGAAUGAGUUUCUUUUAGACCUUCGCUGCUUCCAUCCCUCCCUUCCUUCUUUUCUCCCUCAAAUUGCCACUUCUCUCGUACUCCCUCUCUCCGUUUCCCUCCCUCUCAGUGAGAAUUCCUCCGUACCUGUCUGAACAGGGAGUGUAGGGCAGAGGAAAGAAAGAAAGAAAGAAAGAAAGAAAGAAAAGAAAGGGAAUCAAGAGAAGGAAAGUAGGAGGAACAAAAGGCGCAUAUUUAAAGAGCACAAACAGGAAAGAGGUGUGUUAGAGAGAAUUUGGGAACAGGCAGAAAGCGAGAAGCAGUUUAUCAAGGUCUUGAGGCUUCAAACUUGCUUUUUCCCCGUUCCCUGCUGGGCUGUUUUUCAACUUUCUGAGACCAGUGGCUAUUUUGGUCCAUCAGUGUCGGAGCGGUUUAGGAUGGAUGCCAUCAUGCUGCAAGAAAAACUGGUGGAACGGCUGCUUUGCCCACGAGUGAGAACAGCCAGGCAGAAGGAGAAACAGUAUGUGGGGUUUGCAACUCUGCCCAACCAGGUCCACAGGAAGUCUGUGAAGAAAGGCUUUGAUUUUACGCUGAUGGUGGCAGGAGAGUCUGGUAUGGGUAAAUCCACCCUGGUCAACAGCCUGUUCCUCACAGACCUCUACAAAGACAGGAAGUUACUGAAUGCUGAGGAGCGUAUUAACCAAACCGUGGAGAUCAUCAAACACACUGUAGACAUCGAGGAGAAAGGAGUCAAGCUCAAGCUUACCAUCGUAGACACGCCGGGGUUUGGAGACGCCAUCAACAACAACGAGUGCUGGAAGCCAAUCACAGACUACAUAGAUCAGCAGUUUGAGCAAUACUUCAGGGAUGAGAGCGGGCUGAACAGAAAGAACAUCCAGGACAACCGAGUCCACUGCUGCCUCUACUUCAUCCCUCCAUUUGGGCACGGGCUGCGUCCGGUGGAUGUUGAGUUCAUGAAGGCUCUGCAUGAAAAGGUGAACAUAAUUCCACUGAUUGCGAAAGCCGACUGCCUCACGCCCAACGAGAUAAAAAAGCUGAAAGACAGAAUACGAGAGGAAAUAGACAAGUUUGGGAUCAAAGUGUACCAGUUCCCUGAAUGUGACUCCGAUGAGGAUGAAGAGUUUAAACAACUUGACAAAGAGCUGAAGGAGUGCACCCCGUUCGCUGUGAUCGGCAGUAACACAGUGGUGGAAGCUCGAGGGCAGAGAGUGAGAGGGAGACUGUACCCCUGGGGAAUUGUUGAAGUGGAGAACCAGUCACACUGUGACUUUGUGAAAUUGAGGAACAUGCUGAUUCGUUCACACAUGCACGACCUCAAAGACGUGACCUGCGACGUCCACUACGAAAACUACAGAGCGCAGUGCAUACAGGAGAUGACCAGUAAACUGGCUCAGGACAACCGUAUGGAGAGUCCCAUCCCCAUCCUGCCACUGUCCACCCCGGAUGUGGAGACUGAGAAACUAAUCAAAAUGAAAGAUGAGGAGCUGAAGAGGAUGCAGGAGAUGCUGAAUAAGAUGCAGCAGCAGAUGCACGACAAAGACCAGUGAUGUCUCGCCGGAGCAGAGCUGGGCUGCAGCGCCGCCUACUGUUUCUCCUCUGAACGACAAUGAGACCUUCAGACAUUGAACAUGGAUAUCAUGUGUUAGUGGCAACUCUGGCUGUACAUUUAUCCUCAGUUUGGUGCUUUGUAUAGUUUGUCUGCCUGGAGGGUUGUUUGUCAGAGGGUUUUUUUUCUCUGAAACUAUCCGUUUGCCCACUUUGAGCCCCUCGCCGUGGUUUAACAGUCUUAACAUAUAUAAUAUAAAUACGUAAUUUAAAUUACUACUCAGUGUAUCUAAUUUAUAAAUGCAAUGCUAAACUUUUUGGAUAUUUUGUCAGGGUAUGAACAUGUGUGCUACAAGAUGUUUUGUAAAGAAAUUUAGCUUGUUGGUGAUGUUUAAAUUUGAACAUGGAUAUUGUUUUUUAUUAUAUGUUUGUGAGUGUGUUUGGGUGCGUGAGCGUGUGUAUUUCAUGAAAUCUUCUCUGACACACCAGGUAUCCGUCCGUAAAACUCCCAUUUUUCCUUUUGACUUUCCUUUUGUUAAAAUCCAACUUUUGCUCUUGUUAAUUUGCUCUCUGAUCCUCAUAAAUACCUUCAUGUGGCAUUUUUUCACAUAUGGCAAGUCAAAAUAUCCUCUCCCAGCAUUUUUAUAUGUGCUGGCUGAGCUGAAUAUGCACUUAUUGCCAGUGGCUAACUGUGAAUGGAGAGCCUUUGACAUAAUGAGAGGGUUGGUGUAGUACAGUGUGCAUGUGCAAGCAUGCUGCCAUUACUCAUAUCCCCCAAACGCCGUGGGCCUAUUUUUACUGCUUUAUAGCUGAUGCCCUGUGCUUGUAAUAAAAUGCAUCAUGACCUGCAGGAUGUUUCGUUGCCACUAUGGGAUGGUAAAAAUAGAUCAAUAACAAGGAGCAAAUGCUGUGUCUAUGCUUCUGUUUUAAAUUUAUCUCCUUGGAAGUGAGUUGCUGCAUUCUGCCAGUGAAGAUGUGUAUCCCGUGUGUGAGUUAAGAUGGUUUGAGAGUGUGUGCGUUUAUAGGCUGAUGCUGAGGAACGGUACAUAUUUUGCCUGAAGGCUGUGAGCUCAGCCUGUGCCCCAUUUUUAAAGGUGUGACAAAUAAACUCUUGUUUCUCGUCA